AUGGAGAGCGGCCCCGGGCGCCCGCAGCCGCCGGAGCUCGGGGCGGCGCCGCGGGCCGCGUCCGCGCGCGAGUGGCGCCCCGAGAGCCCGCAGGCCGCCGGGGCCGGCGCGGGAGCCGGGGCGCCGGGCGCGGGCGGGCUCGGGCAGGGGGCGGCGGCCGCGGGCGCUGGGGGCCUCGCCCCGCCCGCAGCCGCCCGCCGCCCCGCGCCGCCGCCCGCGCCCGGCGCCUCGCCCCCGCGCGGGGACCUGGGGCCGAGCGACGGGGACGGUGCGGCCGGCCGGGAGGCGCUCCCGGGAGGGCAGCGCAAGGUGACCGCCUCUCCCGAGCGCGGCGGCGGCGAGCCCAGCCCGCCGGGGCAGUCGCCGAGCCUCGAUUCCCUGGAGUCCUUCUCCAACCUGCCGUCGGCCCCCAGCAGCCCCGACGGGGCGGGCGCCGAGGGCCGGGGCCCCGGCGAGACGCCGCCCGGGCCCGGGGCGCGGCGCUGCGGGGAGGAGGCGACGCCCACGGCGGGCAAGGAGCGCGGCCCCGGGCAGUCGGUGUACCACAUCAAGUGGAUCCAGUGGAAGGAGGAGAACACGCCCAUCAUCACCCAGAACGAGAACGGGCCCUGCCCGUUGCUGGCCAUCCUCAACGUGCUGCUUCUGGCCUGGAAGGUGAAACUUCCACCGAUGAUGGAAAUCAUAACUGCCGAACAACUGAUGGAAUAUUUAGGAGAUUACAUGCUUGAGGCAAAGCCAAAAGAAAUUUCAGAAAUUCAACGUUUAAACUAUGAGCAGAAUAUGAGUGAUGCCAUGGCAAUUUUGCACAAACUUCAGACAGGCUUGGAUGUCAAUGUGAAAUUCACUGGAGUUCGAGUAUUUGAAUAUACACCCGAGUGCAUCGUAUUUGACCUUCUUGAUAUUCCUUUGUACCAUGGGUGGUUAGUAGACCCUCAGACUGAUGACGUUGUGAAAGCUGUUGGUAACUGCAGCUACAACCAGCUGGUAGAGAAGAUCAUCUGCUGCAAGCAGUCAGACAGCAGUGAACUGCUCAGUGAAGGCUUUGUAGCUGAGCAGUUUCUAAAUAACACAGCCACUCAGCUGACAUACCAUGGACUCUGUGAGCUAACGUCGACAGUCCAGGAAGGAGAGCUUUGUGUGUUCUUCCGGAACAACCACUUUAGCACCAUGACCAAGUACGAGGGCCUACUGUAUUUGCUAGUAACAGAUCAGGGGUUUCUGACAGAAGAUAAAGUUGUUUGGGAAAGUCUACACAAUGUUGAUGGUGACGGAAACUUCUGUGACUCAGAAUUUCAUCUGCGACCUCCUUCAGAUCCUGAAACUGUAUACAGAGGACAGCAAGAUCAGAUUGAUCAAGAUUAUCUCAUGGCAUUAUCUCUACAACAAGAGCAGCAGAGCCAGGAAAUCAGCUGGGAGCAGGUUCCCGAGGGACUCAGUGACCUGGAGCUGGCCAGGAAGCUGCAGGAGGAGGAGGACAGGCGUGCCUCACAGUACUACCAGGAGCAGGAGCAAGCAACCACCGCCGCUACGACCGCCCCACAGGCCCAGAGUCCGCCAGCACCAGCCUCCCCACCAAGUGGAAGGCAGCCUGGGAGCAGUGAACGAAAACGAAAAGAACCUCGGGAAAAAGACAAAGAAAAAGAAAAAGAAAAAAAUAGCUGUGUCAUUUUGUAGCAAGUCUCAGAUUCUGUUGGAAUCAAAACCACAGGAGGAAAAGAAGAAAAACCGAUCAAUACCGUCUGUGCCUGAUUUCCCACUGGAUUCUGCUCGCUUUUUUUUGUGUGUUUUUUUUUUUUCAGGGGAAAGGUUGCUACUUCGUUACAAUCAGACUUUUCCAAGUCACAUAAGUACAUUCUUUCAGAGCUGUUUUAUGUUACAAGUUGGAAAUGCUGUGUGUUGGUUGUCAUUCAUGAAAACGAUUGCACUUGUAGCCAAAUAAGCAAAUCCCAGCAGAUUUUGUGUCAUAGUGACAUAAGUCACUCAUAUCAGUUAGUAAGCUAUUCUGACUUCUGUUCUAACAGUGAAUGGAGGUGAUUGAUUUUGUAUAAUUCCUUUCUAAAAUCUAAAUAUUAGCACAAUAGUUUAUGAAAUUAAUUUUUACAAUGUUAAAUUAUUAUCUAAUCCAUGAGAAACCAGGGAUUUAAUAUAGGAAUUUAGGAAGAAAAAAUACAAAAAAAUUAACAAGAUUAAGUAAUGCUUAAUUGUAUAUUGGACUAGUUCAGCCCUUAAACAGCUUUACCUUUUCAUUAGGAAUGUACAUUUUAGGUAUUCUCUUGAGAACUGACAAUGAAACUUGGAUGUAAUUUAGAUAGAAAAAAAAAUAAAGAUUUGUAUUUCUUUUUCAAUAGCAAAAAAAAAUGCAUAACACUAAUACUCAUAUCCUAUCGUAAUCAGAUAUUAAUGACUUUGUAGUGUUGUGAGAUUUUGAGGAAUUUUGAAGUCUUUAAUAUAGGAAACCCGGGCCAUAGUUACUGUGUAUUAACAGUUGUUCAGUGAAUACAAUGAGAGUACCACAGUGGAUGCUAAACCUUCUAAAUAUGGGUAGAUAGAAGAGCACAUAGGUCAGUGUCUACCUUUUUCUAGAAUUCCCUUAUAACCUUAAAUUUCAAAUCAUGUUUAUUUGCAAGAGAAUUAAAUAUGCUUGUUAAAAGAAACCCAAAAAAAAGCACAUUUCUGAAAGAAAGAAGUAAUCUGUGAGUCUAAUGAAAAACAAUAAAAUUUGGGACUAGAUAAUAAUUUUGAGGAAUCUAUGUAAAAGCAGUCAUUUUUUAAAAUUGAUUGGGGGACUAAAUGAUGUAUAACAUCUUAAGUAGCACUUAAGAUUCAGAAAAAAUAUUUAUUGAACUUUAUUAAGAAUAAUUCAUAUUUUCCGUGUUUCUAGAAAUAAUUUGGGAAACUAGUCUCCAUAAUUCUCUUUAUAUGCUUUUUAUUAAAGUUUUGUUUUAGUUGAUUUUAAAGAAGUCUGUUGCUGCUGCCAGUAGAUCAGUGCUAUUCAUUAUAAGCAUCUGUAAGUUUGCUUAAGAGCAUCUUAACCUCACCUGAGCAUCCACUUGGAGAAUGUCUUUGGGGUGACAAUAGACCUCAGAAAGUGUGGUCUAGAUUUCAUAAGCUAUGUCUUUAACACUCUUGGAGAUCCAAGCCCAGUUACAGAUGAGUCUUUAUAGAAAAAGUGAAGUCUUAUUUAUAAAAGGAAUAUUUUAUGGGAAAAAUUCAGGGUGAGGUUGCAUCAUUGAUGCCUUUCUGUACUGCAUGUCUGCUUAUGUUACACUGUUUGUUAUUCAGCCCUCUGUGAGCAUGAGAAACCAUUAGAGAACUUGUUUGGGGUAUACAGUUUUGUUACAAUAUUUGGUGAGUCUCUAGAGAAUAAUCCAGAGUAUAUAUGCACUGGUAAAAUAAUCAGGUGGGUUACAGAACUCUCUGGUGGCUCAAACAAAUGCACCGGCCUCCAAGUUUACUCUUGAUUUCUAACUCUGUUGAUUGAAGGAGAAUAUUCAGACCUUAAGGUUUGUUUUUCCCAGAACAGAUAGUGACAGUACAUUAGAUUCAAUAAGGAAAAAAAAUCCUAAGAACUCUUAAGAAGCAUAUUAGUGACAUAUUUUCCAGAGUCAGAUACUUAUCUAUUUAUUACUCUUGAAAAAUAUGUGUAUUCUGUUCUCUGUUACUAUCUUAAUUUGUUCCAAAGAUAAUACUGCCAUUCUACAUUCCCUCUGGAAAGAAAAAAAAACCUCAAAACCAGCAACGCUGCUAUCAGAUAAGUAGAUAUCAAUGUGUACUUAUAUGAAAUAACUAAAAAAAAAAUUAGUGUGUUUGUUAAAUUCACUCUUUUUCUAUGUAAUAUUUCCAAGUCAGACUUUCUUACAUUCCUGGAAUUCAGUUUGAUAUACCAAGUAUGUAAUAAUGAUAAAAUGUUCACUUUGAUUACUGUGAGGGGAAAUGAAAUGUUUAAUUCUAUUAAAACAAACUUCUUAGAGUUACUGGUUUCCAUCCUUGAAGGUUAUAAAGAAUUUAGAGUUUUUGUGUCUUUAUUCUCAUAUUUUGUCAGUGUAACAAGUUUAUAUUCAGACAUUUCAUUACUGGUUUGGGUACAUUGGAAUUUGAUAGCAUAUUAAAGUCUUUUCAUUUACAGUACUUUGUAAUAUUUGAAUAUUGGUACAUGUACACUGAUAACAAGUUAAAACUUUGAUAAUUCUUUGUUUUUAAUAUUUGUAAGCGAGGGGCAUAUUUGUACCAGCCGACUGACAUCAGAGCUGACAAACAGGUGAAUGGGUAUGGUGAUUCAAUUCCUUGUAUUUUGUUGUUGUUUUGUGGUACUGGGGAUUCAACAUGGGCUCUCACACAGCAAGGCAUGGAUAUGAUUGACCACUGAGGCUCAGCCCUAGGCCUUUUCUUGUACUGUCCAAGUCUGUUCUAUAAAGUGUUUGUUAACAGUAUGGAAAUGUUCUUCAUGUCUGAUGCCAAGGAAUCAACAAUGUGUGCUUUCAAUGGGUUGUCCACUCUUAACAGUACUGUAAGGGCAGGAAGACAGUGCAGUGGGUAGGGCACUUGCCUUGCAUGUGGCUGACCUGGGUUCAAUCCUAUUACCCCAUAUGGUCCUUGAGCCCCUCCAGGAGUAAGCCCUGAGCACUGGCCGGCCAGAGGAGGUACGAAAGCAAACAAAAGCAAUUCCUGGAGUUUGUGUGUUUCUAAAACAAGAAUCUAUGGCAUAUAUUAAAUUCUCCCCAAAUAAAUUAUAUAUAGAAACUUUCAAAUUCAAGAACUAUUAUUUUAAGAACUCUCCCUCCUGUUGUCCUGCAUGCCAAAAUGCUUAAGGCCACCUGAGCUGGAAUCGGCGCUUCCUCAGAGGCAAAGGAACUUCUUCCAUCUUCAGCCAGGGUCCUAGCAGAACCAAGCAUAGGUAUGUUUGCACAGCAUGGGGAGGGGGAUUCUUUUGUUUUGGGCUCACGCCCAGUGAUGCUCAGGUUUACUUUGUACUUGGGGCUCAGGGGACCAUAUAGAGUGCCAGGGAUUGGACCCGGGUCAGCCGCAUGCAAGGCCACUGUACUAUCACUCCAGCCCCUAGAUACAAGAUUAUAAUUAGGUUUUGGCGUAUAUUUUAUUUUCUGUCUCACAUUUCUAGUAUUUGAAUACUUGUCCCAUACCACGUCCCUAAUUCUUCAUCAUACUCUUAAUCUUAGUUUUAUUAAGCAACUUAACAACUUAAGAUCAGAGAUUGGUUGCCUGAACACAACAUGGACCAUUCUGUACUUGUACAAAACCUUAAUAUUUGCAGAGGGGGGACUCUAGGGGUUUUUUUGGGUUUUUUGUUUUUGUUUUUUCAGAACUGGGGAUUCAACCCAAGAGGCAAGUACUCUACUGCUGAGCCACAUACCUGGCUGAAUACUUUCAGUAAAUCACCACUGAAAGACCUUGAGAGAAAAAUGAAUUAGAAGUAAAAUAGAUAUUUAAGGGAAUAAUAACAUUGUGCUUAUAUUAAUGUUGGGAUAUUAUACAGACUUGGCAACUCCUGCUGGAGGGCCCAAGAGGUAGUGUAGGAGUUUCCCUGCUUGCUUUGCACGUGGUCAGCCCCUUCUGAUCCCAGAUAUCAGGUGUGGCCCCUGAGCAGAACCAGGUGUGGCCAGCUUCUCCCAAACUAUGUAGUCCUCCCAAAAUAAAAUCUUUCUAAUGGAAUAUCAUAGCGAGAAUUUCCUGAGUUGUUUUCAGGACAUUCUUUUUAAAAACAUUUAAAAUUUUUAAAGAAUUUCAUCUCACUUGGCAUUUCUAAUCAAUAUUUGUUACCUUUUAAAAUGAUAGAAAGCUUAUGUGCUUUGUCUGUUCGCACAGUAUUCACAUGUACAAAUUAAACAGCAACUGUACAUUAUAGUUUACAUAUAAUUGUAAACUUACUAUUAGAUAACAGUUAUUAAGCAGUUUAUAAUUUCUAUCUCAACUGAAAAUAUGGAAUUCAGUUUAUAUCUAAAAACCUGGCUUUUAUCUUCCCAGGGGGAAACUGUGUGCCUCAAUUCAUUCUAAAUUUAUAAAGGUCAUUCCCCCUUUAAAAAAAAAAUUAUGCUUUGCAUUCCUGAAUAAGGCCAUAACGAAGAGUAUUACUUACAUAAUCAUAAAUAUUACUUAAAUUUUUUUCAUUUUGUUUUUGUGUUUGGGCCACAUCUGACCUGGUACUCAGAGCUUACUCCUGGCUCUGUGUUCGGGGAUUACUUCUGGAGGGGUGUGAGGAACACUCAUGCUGGGGAUCAAACCAGGUCAGCUGGGUGCAAGGCAAGCCCCCUACCUGCUCUUCUGUCUCUCUGGUCCCAUCUUUUGUUGUCUUUUUUUUUUCUUUUUUUAAAGCUGGGAGUGCGGAGUGCUUAUGCUACCCUUGGCAGUGCUCAGGGUUUAUGGCUGUGUUCGGGGGUCACUUCUGGUGGUGCUUGAGGAGCCACAUGAUGCCAGGACAGAACAAGGUCAGCUGCAUGCAAGGCACGCGCCAGCCCUGUGCUGCCUCUCCAGCCCCGUAUCUUUUGUUCUUAAAUACACAUACUUUUCUCUCAGUGACAGUAUUUGGGGGGACCAUAGACAUAGUAUAGUGGGUAGGGUGCUUGCCUUACACGCAGCCACACCAAAUUUAAUCCUGGGCACCACAUACGGUCCCUGUAAGCCCUGACCACAGCCAAGUGUCACCCAGAAACAAAAACAAAAAUUUUUUUCCAAUGGCAAUAUUCUUUGUUUUGCCCUGUUAAGAGUUAAACCCAGAACCUCACACAUACCAGACAAGCGCUCUCCUUCUGAUCUCUGUUCCAAGCCACACCAGUUUUAUCAACGCCACCUGCAUUCAUAGCAUAAUCUUGUCUUUGAACAGCAUCAUCUCUUCCUGUCAUUAAUUUUAUGUCCUGUGAAUGACAGAUUCAAAUCAAGAGCAUUUGGAAGAUUUUAAAAAAUUAAAUCAGUUUUUCCAAUAUAUUUUAUAAAUAUUAAAUUUUCUUUGCCGUUUACUUUAUGGAACAAAAUACAGUAGUAUCAGGUUAUUGGUGAGUGUGUGCACACAUAUUUUGCACAGAUGGAAUUAAUUUAGGUCUGUCAAGUGUGGUCACCUUUAACGUUAUUUAAAUAAUUUCUGGUUUUUUGUGUAAAAUGUUAUUCAAUAAAGUACAGCUAGUGUUUUUUUAGAAAAAUGAUUCAAAAUGUAAAGGAACUUCAUGGAAUCUGUUCUCCAGUUUCUGGUAAUCUGGCGCCUUUCUUUGUAUCCAUGCCCAACUCUUCUAAAACUGUUGGGGAAACUUUAUGAAGAAUUGAAGUUACCCUGCUUGCAUGUUAACUAAAAGUUUAAAUCAGAGAUUUCCUGAACAAGAAAGGGGUGGGUGGGGCAGGGGCUGCUUGCUCUGCUACAGCCAGCCCUACCCAUAGGAUCCCUUGGUCCACUAGAUUAUGGCCCCAAACAACAAAACAGGCCUCUUGCGGCAAAGCAUUCAUUCCAGCCGGUUCAUCUCCAGGGCUUCACCUCUCCCCCCAUUUCUUUCUUUCUUUUUUUUUUCUUUUUGGGCCACACCCGGUGAUGCACAGGGGUUACUCCUGGCUCUGCACUCAGGAAUUACUCCUUGUGGUGCUCAGGGGGACCAUAUGGGAUGCUGGGAAUCAAACCCAGGUCAGCCGUGUGCAAGGCAAACACUCUACCUGCUGUGCUAUCGCUUCAGCUUUGACCCAUUUCUUUUUUUAAUGUUGAGAAUUGAACCCAGGGCUUCAGGCAUGUAAGGUAUGCUACUCUAGUUAAUCUUUAUCCCAGUUAUUAAAAUCUCCAAUCAUGGGUGUAUUUUAUUUAAUUCCAGUGUUUUUGUCAUUAGAAAUUUAAGGCCAAGAAUGUAGGUCAGAGAUAAGUGAACUGUGCCACAUUUGCUAGACUGUACCAUGCAGAAUAAUAAUAGUAUGAUAAAAAUGUGCUAUGCAUAUGUUACAUGAAGGAUUCCAGUUUCAAACUUCACUGAUCUCAGAACAUAAAACACAAGGCAUACUCCACCCUUCAGGCCCAUAUCCCAGUGCAUGCCUAAUGUACCCAACCUCACUUGCUCUCCCUUUCUUUCACCUCCUAAAAAAAAUAAUUUGGACUGCAGUGAUAGUACAGUUGGGAGGGCACCUGCCUUGCAUGCAGCUGAAUUCUACAUGGUCUCCCGAGCAUCACCAGGAGUGAUUCCUGGGUCCAGAGCCAGGAGUAAGUCCUGAGCACCACCAGGUGUACUCAAGGAUUAAUCAGGAAAGAAGGGGGGGGGGGACAGAAAAACAGGGUAAAAAUCUUCAACCAUUGCCUCAAGAUAGGUUUUGUCCCAGAAAUACAAAACUUAAACCACAAUAGAUUCAAAGAACAGUGAGUUGGGGCCUGGGGCUGAGUCUGAGUGGCAGCACCCAGACCCCGUAUGUUUGUAAGAUGCUGGGUUCUCCUUGGCACUGCAAAACUAGAGAGACCUGAAGUUUAUAUUAUUCUGCAGUGUCCCUGCUGUCUAAAAGUCAAAGAACUUCAUAUCAUUUAGGAAUUUACCACCAUUAAACAAGGUUCUUUUGUUCCUCAUUUGCAGUGCCCUGCUCUGAAAGGCAAGAAUGCCCCAACAGUAGAGCACAGGAAGCAGAGACUUUGGAUAAUGACCCAGUUUCUUUAGCUUUAGUGGAGCUUUCUUGGGAAGCUGAGUGUCCACUAAAAUCCACAAAUCAGUGAGCUUCCUGCUAGUUCCACGAGAGCCCGCAACUGAUGCCUUACAGUGCAGUUCUGAUUAGUGGGGUAUGUUCUAAAAGCAAGCAAGCCUGGCAUUUAGUCUUUGAAGUAUCGUCUCAAUUUUGUUUUUUAUUUUUCUAUCCUCACAUUUUUUUUUUUUGCUUUUUUUGGGGUCACACCUGGCAAUGCACAGGGGCUACUCCUGGCUCUGCACUCAGGAAUCACCGCUGGCCGUGCUCAGGGGACCAUAUGGGAUGCUGGGAUUUGAACCCGGGUCAGCCGCGUGCAAGGCAAACGCCCUACCCGCUGUGCUAUCUCUCCAGCCCCAUAUCCUGACAUCUUAAUUAUAUGAAAAAUUUUAUUUUUUCCAGAACACAUAGGAUAUCUUCGGUGUAUUUCCUCAUGUCUGUAUGUGCAUUGGGAGGCAGAGGGCAAGGGCACGAGGGGGUGCCUUUCAAACCCAGCACCUCCUGCGUGUGUCCUGUUGCUGAGUUCUAGCCCAACCCUCUUAGCUUUUUAAAGAUGAGAAUUUGAAAUGCACCCAGUGGCUGUUGAAAGGUCAUCCUCCUCAGGAAACAGGCUGGGUAGCGCGGAGAAGCUCUGAGCCCGGCAGUGUGGCAGAGGGUUGAUGGUGGCUCUGAAGGCCAGCAAAGGGACAUACUCACUUGGGAGGUUUCAGAGGGUUUGUAAGAGAUUUUCCAAAUAUCUCACAUGCGGGUCCUUUCUUUUGAAUUGGGCAAAACAAGUGAACUUAGGCAUAUAUCUUAGGGCAUAGCAAAGAAAAUGCUACGUAAUGCCUGGAGAAAAAGUGAUCUUGAAGUUUUCUUUCUACAUUUUACUAUUGAGCAAGCUGAGUCAAGAAGUUUCUAUGAUGGAUCGUAGAUUUUUUUGUGCCAAGCCUAGACUGGCCAAUUAAAAUAUUCUCCAAGACUUUAUCUAUUGUGUUUGAUUUUGAUUUUCCUCCUUUCUUUUGCUGUCAUAAUUUCCGUUCUACUUUGAACUAACUCAUCUGCUUUUCUUUAUGACAAGCUCUGAUUCCACUGUAACAGCAGCCAUAGAGAUGAGCAGAGGAGAGCACUGAAAUAUGCUUUUUUUUUAACAACAUAAAGACACUUAAGGCAUCUAUCCAAUUUAGGGUUGGACUCAAUUUCUAUGAAAGAAAGUUAUUUUAAAUACUAGUUAUGCUCACACUCUAAUUCUGAAAUCUGUCUUAAGUUCCAAAAGUUUGACUUUUGGAGUGUAUUCAUUUAAAAAGCAUAUUUAACAUAGAUGGGAAAGUAUAUUUCUGGCAAAAUAAUUCAGUAUUAUUCAACAUUAAAUUUCAUGUUUGUUGUACCACAAAGAUAUUAUCAUUCUUGGAUUAAAAUGUUGGAUUUUUAAAAAUAUAUUUAAAACUGUAACCAGUGGUAACACCCUUAGUAUUUUUUAUUAUAGAUUAUAUUUUAUUUCAAUAAACUUUGAUAUUUAGAUCAAACAGC